UUUUCAUCUUUUUAGACUUGCAUUACGUUUGGUCUUCUCCCUCGCGCUCCGCACACCCUUUCUCCCUCUCUCUCACUGUGCAAUUACUCUGUGAACUGAGAAAUUAGGGCAUGAUGCAGGUCUCUUCAAGGCGCCUAGGGCACAUUAUCAGACCCUCUAAUGGCCUCUCUUCGCUCCAGUCUCUUUACUUGCACCCUGAUCAUAGAGUGGAUCAUGCUCGAUAUGGGUCAUCUGUUGCCCUUAAGGGUUCAGGCUACCUGGUACGCAAAGGUACAGGUGGCAGGUCUUCUGUUAGUGGUAUCAUUGCAACUGUAUUUGGGGCAACUGGAUUUCUCGGUCGAUAUCUUGUGCAGCAGCUAGCUAAAAUGGGAUCUCAAGUGCUAGUUCCAUUUCGUGGAUGUGAGGAUUCCCAUCGACAUCUCAAGCUAAUGGGUGAUCUUGGCCAGAUAGUGCCAAUGAAAUACGAUCCACGGGAUGAGGGCUCAAUCAAGGCAGUUAUGGCAAAGGCUAAUGUUGUUAUCAACCUCAUUGGUAGGGAGUAUGAGACCAGAAACUAUAGUUUUGAAGAAGUCAACCAUGUUAUGGCCGAACAACUUUCAAUGAUCGCUAAAGAACACGGUGGCAUCAUGAGAUUUAUACAGGUUUCUUGCCUUGGGGCAUCAUCGUCAUCUCCAUCGAGAAUGCUUAGAGCCAAAGCUGCUGCAGAGGAAGCCAUUCUCAGGCAAUUUCCAGAGGCUACGAUUAUGAAGCCUGCUGUUAUGAUUGGGACAGAAGAUCGCAUCCUUAAUCGGUGGGCGCAAUUCGUGAAAAAAUGGAGUUUUCUUCCACUCAUUGGAGAUGGGUCCACGAAAAUCCAGCCAGUUUAUGUAGUUGAUGCUGCCGCUGCUAUUAUCGCUUCCCUCAAGGAUGAUGGCACUAGCAUGGGGAAAACUUAUGAAUUGGGUGGCCCAGAAGUUUUUACUGUACAUCAACUGGCUGAAUUGAUGUACGACACUAUUCGUGAAUGGCCUCGUUACGUGAAGGUCCCUUUUCCCAUUGCAAAAGCUCUUGCAUCUCCAAGAGAAAUCUUGCUGAGAAAAGUUCCAUUUCCUCUGCCCACCCCUGAUGUUUUCAAUUUAGAUUAUAUCAACUCUCUUACAGUGGAUACUGUAGUCUCUGAAAAGGCUCUCACAUUCGAGAAUUUGGGGAUUGUACCUCGCAAGCUGAAAGGCUAUCCUAUCGAAUUUCUCAUUUCUUAUCGCAAGGGUGGGCCACAAUAUGGUUCUACUGUUAGUGAGAGAGUAACAGGCCCUGAGUAUCAGUGAAGGGGUUCCACUUCCAUUCAUCUUCAAUUUCCAAGUGCCUGAUAUUCACUGAGUGUUAGUGGAUGAAAACCUGAGUUUUAGCAGGCAUGGGAUUCCUUGCAAAUGUUAUGUAUCCAAGUCUUUUCAACAUGCAUCUUUGUACUGAACAGAAAAAAGAUUUUAACAUGCGUCCUUGUAUUCAUUGUACCCUCUGAUGAUUGCUUACCGUUGUUGUUUAUCAGGCUUCAUCUAGAGGGUCAGUUUGCACCAAGAUUAGCUGAGAGAAGAAUAAAUAGUUUGAGGCCCUUGAAACUUGACGGGUAUGGACCAUUUUAUUGGUACUUUCUUGUUAAUUAACACCUCUUUGAAUGUUUGGGAACAUGGGAAGGCUUCCUUUUGUUUGUGUUUUGGAGUGAAACUGUUGGAAAAACAAAAGAAAUAAAAAAGAUUUUUUAUUUUUA